AUGAAGAUUCAACAGGCGUUUCGAAGACAUCGCGCGCGACGACGCGGGCUCGACGCGCGCGUGGGCGGCGGUGCGGUCGAGGACGCGGUGUCGAUGGUGAUGCGGAGUGAGUCCGAGCGCGUGGUGCGGUGCGGGAUGCUCACGAUUGCGUGGUUCGCGAUGUCCACGGGAUUGGCGCUGUUUAACAAGGAGACGAUGGGCGCGAAGCGGGGUGGAUUCCCGGCGCCGUUGUUGCUCACGGCGACGCAGUUUGCGAUGCAGUACGUCUUUGCGCGCGUGCUCAUUGGUUCGGGGUUCAUAGAGGGAGAGGAACGCCGGCGGGGGGGGCGAGAGGAGGUGCCGAGCGGGACGUUUUGGCGCGCGUUGGCGCCCGUCGGCGCGGCGAUGGGAUUGGACAUCGCGCUGAGUAAUUUGUCCUUAGUGUUCAUCACGGUGUCGACGUACACGGUGGUGAAGACGAGUACGAUCGUGUUCACGCUCGGGUUGGCGUUUUUAUUUAGGUUUGAGCGACCGACGUGGUACCUGGGGGCGGUCGUCGGCGCGGUUGUGGUCGGGCAGGUGAUGUCGGCGGAGGCGUCGAACGCGCAGUUCAAUUCCGUGGGGUUCUACAUAUGCCUCGCGUCGGCGCUCAUGAGCGCCCUGCGCUGGAUUCUUUCGCAACGGGUGAUGCAUAGGGAUAAGGACGAGCCCGGGGAUCACGCUCGCGGGAUUAAGGAGUCGUAUUUAGUGGACCAUCCGGUGGUCUUCGUGUACUUGGUCAUGCCGGUGAUGUGCGGUGUCGUGUUCACGUUUUCGUGCCUGAAGGAGCGAUGGUGGGUCACGAUUCCCGCUUCGCCGUGGUUUGCGAAUUCAAUAGAUAUCUUCGCGGAUUUCGUGAUAUUCACCGUCUGGGCGAUGGUUGCGUUUUGCCUGACGCUCGCCGAGUUCGCUCUGCUCAACGAGACGAGCGCGUUGACCAUCAUGAUGAUAGGCGUUCUCAAGGAUAUUCUCGCCAUCGUCCUCGGUAUCUUGAUUUUCGGAGACAAGUUCGGCGUCGGUAACGUCGGAGGUUUGAUCCUGUGCAUCCUGGGUGUGAUCGGGUAUAACAAAUAUAAGCUCGACGUGAUGAAGCGCAAGGCGCUCGCGAACGCCACUCGCCGCGGCGACGACGACGACGGCGACGACGGCGACGGCGACGACGGCGGCGACGGCGACGACGUCCCACUCGUGAACAUCGUCGCGGGCGGCUUAGAGCGUCGUCCACGCGAGAGCCAUCACACGGCGUCGAGCGAUCUCACGGUUCAUUCCUAG